AUAACUGAAACGUCGUUUCACUCCGAAACUCGUUAGCCUGCCAGAUCCGAUCGUUGGCGUUUGACUUCGUUAGCUGGAUCGUCGCCAGUCGUCGAUGUCGGAUUAUUUCACGGGCGGCCGAACGCGCGCCGCGCGUGUUGCCCACGCCGAUAACGCAAGAACAGCGAUGUUUAUGAAAUUACUCGAUAGAUUUCCCAGCUCAGACUACCAUGGCUUGAAAAACCAGGGGGCCACAUGCUAUCUGAACAGCGUGCUCCAGGUGCUCUUCAUGACCGAGAACUUCCGAGAGGCCGUGAAAGGGUGCCAGGGUCAGGAUUUUUCAACCAUCGACCCGCAACUUGAGAGGCUGUUCGCUGAGUUACAGCGUGGAACAGCUGACCCGCGACCCGUCACUGAAAAGCUAGGGAUCACAAAUGGAGACCUGUAUGAACAGCGUGAUGCCUCUGAGUACUUUGAGAAGAUUCUGAGUCUAACUGGCCAUGAGGCCUCAAAGAUAUUUAAAGGAAAGCUGAGACACACCACCACUUGCUCAAUGUGUCAAAAACACACGACUUUAGAAGAGCAAUUUUUGACUUUGCCACUCUCGAUGGGAAAUUCCUCUCACCAAACCUACAGUGUGGAGAAUGGUUUUGAGGCAUUUUUUACGCCAAUAAAAAUCGUUGAAAAUAACAGAAUCUACUGCCACCAGUGUGACGCAAAAACAGAUGCAACCAUCGGAUGCGAGAUGGCACAUUAUCCGGAUGUUUUGACCUUACUGCUGAAGAGGUUCGACUACGACGAAUGGAGCUAUGUCAAACUGAACCAUUGCGUGUCUGUCCCCGAAAGAUUACAGACAGAGAGUUGCACGUAUGAACUGUACGCAUUUGUGAACCAUUGUGGCAGUCUACAUGGGGGACAUUAUACAGCCGAAAUCAAAUCAUAUGACACUGGAAAGUGGUAUCUCUUUGAUGACACCAAUGUUAAAAUGGUCAAUCUAUCACAUACUAGGUCCGGAGAUACAGCAAUAAGGUCUUAUUUUGCUUAUCUUCUCAUGUACAAAAAAGUGAAGACAUUGGAAAUAGGAAGUGGAAUCGACCAGGAAACCCACUUUACAAAAACAGAUGACGCAGUGGAAAGGGAAGAAGUCAGGACAAGAGGGGACAAAUCAAACGAGAUGGGCGUCGAUGUGGAGCUGGAGAAAGGGCACAGGGGAGAAAAUAUGGAGCGACAGAAUAAACCAAAACUGAGCCAAGCUGGAUGCCAAGAGGAACUAACUAAUCGAGAUAUUGUCAAGGUACAUGAUGGCAACGGAGAAGGAAGAGGAUCAAGUUUAAAAAGACAAAUGCCAACCGUCUCAACAAGACAUCACGAUAAUGACGUUAUCCAAAGAAUAAUGGAAACAACUAUUACAAAUAUGGACAAUGACGUAAAAAUGUCAAAUAAACAUCCUGUCCCGCUAGGAACACGUUUUCAGCUAAUGAACAUCAACGAUCAAGAUGAUAGCAAAUCAAAGAGACAGUGGUACGAUAAUAAACUAAAGGAGACCGAUUGUCAUUCUGUGGAGCUACAACAUUAUCCUCAGAAGAAUCAAGUAAAACUAAGCCAGACUCCCUCCACGGCUUCAGAACAAUGGAAUGGCAGGAUUAAAAAUACGGGAAAGGCUUAUAGGACACCGACGAGUCAAAAUGACAGCACCAUUACAGUAACAAAUCAUAGCAAACCUGUCAGGGAUAGCGAAAUGAAAAACGAUUGUGACGGUACAGCCGAACAAGGACUUCAAGUCGGACAAAGUCAACAUGGAGGAAUAUCAGAGCUCACCAUUCUAUCAGAGGACCAAGAUGCACACUGUCCGUCUGCAAAAAUACACACCCGACGGAGAAACUCUGCAAGUGUGAGGGGAAAGAACAAUGGGAAAAGUUACGAGGCUGAGAAAAGCCUGCCGUGGAGAUGAUGAAAGAGCAAAUGGGGACAAUCCAGGAGGGCCAAAAAACAGAAAAACAAUCAGGCAAUGCGGGGUGUCCGGGUAGUGUAGCGGUCUAUUCCACUGCCUACCAACACGGGGAUCGGCGGUUCGAAUCCCUGUAUUAUAUCCGGCUUGGUCGGGCAUCCCUACAGACACAAUUGGCUGUGUCUGCGGGUGGGAAGCCAGAUGUGGGUAUGUGUCCUGGUCGGUCAGGGCACCUAUUCGGGGGGGGGGGGGAAUAGCGUGAUCCUCCCACGCGCUACGUCCCCCUGGUGAAACUCCUCACUGUCCGGUGAAAGAAGCGGCUGGCGACUCCACAUGUAUCGGAGGAGACAUGUGGUAGUCUGUAGCCCUCCCCGGAUCAGCAGAGGGGGUGCAGCAGUGCCCGGGACGGCUCGCAAGAGGGGGGCAAUUGGCUGGAUAGAGUUGGGGAGAGAAAGGGGAUGGGGAAAUCAGGCAAUGGGAAAAUAGGUUUGAACAAAUGGUCAUUACCAAAGUGACCAACACUUUCUCUUGACGUUUUGUGUAUGAAAUUGUCAAUUCGUCUCGGUGUCUUUCUCUAAACUAGUGCAGUUUGUAUCCUGUAAUAUAUUUUAAGGUUUUCAAAUAGAAUUUGCACUCGUAUUUGUCCUCGUUAAGUCAAAUUGGGUUUAUUAUAUUGUAGCCAAGCUGCACACAGGUGUCAUUGCCUCUGCACAUACCAUUUGUAGCUUGUGUAACAUUGUAGGGACAAAAUGUACCGACGUCAUAAUCAGCUACUAAGCAACAGCAUUUAGCGGCAUUCUUAUACUGAGCUAACAUGGUUCAAGUCUCUCUGACGGGGUUGCAUAUGGACUUUGUUUGGAGGUGUCACGGCACAAUUUAGAUUAACGUUACCCAAACCCCAAAUUGUCAUUUCUGCUUCAGAAAUUGUUUAACACAGUGGUUCUCAAUCAGGUCCUCAGGUACCACCUGUCCUUACUGGUUUUCUAUCUG